AUGGUUCGGCUUCAAAGCGCAACGAGCUUCGCCGGCUUUGUCUUUCUCUGCAUUGCAAUAGCCCAAUGCGCAUCCUUCCCCUCCUACGCCGGCCAGAGGAACGCGCAACGGCCCAUGCAGAUUCCUGAACAACUUCUUACCGAAACAGCACGCAAAGGAAACGAUUCCGUCUCUUUCAAUCUCCUCGAUCUGUUAUCACAAUCGCCAGAUCACACAAUCUUGGUGCGUCUACUGCAGAGGACUCGACUCGUUCCAACGCUCAACAGACUCCAGGAGUUCGAUGACGGCACAGGACUCACCAUCCUUGCUCCUACUAACGAUGCCUUCCUCCGUAAGAGAAACGAACAAAUCGCACGGCGAGAAGCUGCUCUCGGCGGCGCAUCUGCCGACUCGCCCACCUUCUGGCAGCAUCUCAUGGAUCAGGAAGACAAUGUUGCAUACCAGCAUUCGAGCAAAUCAUCACAGUGCAUCUGGAACGAUGGACUUUGUGUGGCAUCGGACAACGUCAAUGCGGUAGCACGCCAACACAUCCUGUACCACAUUCUCAACUACACCCUACCAUUCACGUUGAGUGACGACACUGGCUCCCACUCGCCCUCGGCUCCUCUUCCUCAACCUGGCAACCCAGAGAUGCAGACUACGCUCCACUUCCCUUCGCGCCGCAUGCUCAUAGAGCCCACCCACCCAGGUCGUGUGCCCGUCCCCGACGAAGAGGACCACGGCGGUUUGCUCGGUCAUCAUGGUCAACGCAUGCGCGUCGCCCUCAACCAGGAGAAAGAAAAGAGCAAUCCUCUCAACUCGUUCUACUCUCGCCUCUCCAAGUCUCAACGCAACUCUUUCCGCUUUGGAGCCGACGGAAGGGGUCGCGGAGGUGCCAAGUCACUCCACGAAGACUGGCGCUCCAGAAACGGGGUGAUCCACUAUAUCGACUCGGUCAUCGACUUGCCGCCAUCCUUGGAACAGCUUGUCCUCACGCAUCCACGUCUUGAACGCCUCAGACGUCUUGUCAGCAGCGAAACUUUGAAGAGUCUGUCCACUGUGCCCCACCUCACCCUCUUCUUGCCCGACUCGGAAGCUUUCGAUAAUCUUAGUGUACUGGAGUCCACCUACCUUUUUGGCGACUACCCGCAGGCUGCUCUAGAUCGACUCAAGCUUCUGGGUUGGCACAUGUCCGGAAGCGGUUUGGGUGAUCGCUCUCCAGUGUACUCGGCGAACAUCCGCGCGGCUGGACAUGCUACAAUUCCGACCGCCCUAGGUGGCUCCGUAUCUGUCGAGGCCAAUGGUAACGAUGGUGCCAUCACCGUCAUGGGGGCACAGGUUUUGCAAGAAGAUAUUCUCGCUGAGAACGGUGUCAUUCAUGUCAUCGAUGACCUGAUCCUGCCUUUCGGCGACCUGGACAUGAGCAUCGAGGCCACACUCAUGGCACUGAACGCCUCGCGCUUCGUUGACCUCAUCUACGAGGCUGGCUUGCAGCGCUAUAUCGACAAGCCUGCUCAUCUGCAAAGGCGGGACCGAGACACAUUCACUUUCCUCGCUCCUCGCGACGACGUCAUCGAUGCUUGGUAUCCUGGCCAAGCUCUGCCGCAACCUUCGACCCACUCACUAGCGCAAUUUUCCCGCGAAUACCGUAAAGGUCCUGCCCUCGAGGAGGUCGUUCGCUAUCACAUCCUUCCCGGUCAGAUCAAACCGGGCGAUCUAACAAGCGGACUGCUGCUCAACACUGAGCUCUUGGACUGGAAGCUGAGAGAAGGCAGGCAAAAGAUGCCUGUCACCGUCGACGACUCAUCUGCUUCCGAUCGGAAAGGCAACGGCGACGUCGCCUUCGGUGAUGCAAACGUGCUCAGAGAACCGGUCGAGGUCAAGGACGCUGCGAUGAUCUACGUCGUGUCCCAAUUACUUCAGCCGCCCUCCGAUCCAGUUCAGACAGCUGUUUCGUACCUAUCACUCUCCACCUUUGUCGCCACCGUCUUCAGCGCAGACCUCAAGAAGGCCGUCGAGCGUGCACCCGGCGUCAGCUACCUCGUGCCCACCAACGACGCCUUCACCGGCCUCGGCCUUGCCAUGAACUACCUGUUGCUGCCCGAGUCGCAGCCGCUCUUGCAGGCACUAGUCGAGUAUCAUGCCAUCGACAAGAUUGUCUACAAGUCGGACUUCAUCGAGCAAGAAGUCGAAUAUCCCACCCUUUUGCCGACGCUGGGGGCCAAGCUUGCCAUCAGGAAACAGAAGAGUGGAGCAGUUCAUAUCCACAAGGCCGGUCAGCCCAAUGGUACCAUCUCGCUCGUCGUCAAAGGCGACAUCCUCACGAACACUGGCGUGAUUCACGAGGUGGACCGAGUCCAGAUACCAUUCGAUCUGACGAUCCGUGACCUCCUGAAAGGCGCAAAGGCCGAUACUAUGGAGGAUCUCAUGGUACAGGCGGGAUACGAAUACAUCCUCAACAGCACAAUUCGCCACAAUCAGACUCUCCAAUCCAGCACCGGCUUCAUGGUAUUGGUCCCCACCGACAGUGCCUUCACCAGGGUCAACCUCUCCGCGAUCCUCGAGGACCGUGAUCUUCUCGUUAGGCUCGUGCAGCAGCACAUCAUCCCACUCACUGACGAAAAAGCUGUAGAUGUCUUGCUGCCGGACAGCCGCGGAGACGAUAUCGGCAUGAAGGAUGAGAGCUCGUUCGCUACCUUGCUCGAUCGAUCUCAAGGAGGUUCCAGCUCCUACGGCCAGGUCAGCUUCCGCAGAAUGCCUUCAAGCAGCACCAGUCGUUAUCGACAGAGACCAUAUCGCACUCGCGGUAGCUCUGAGGACCGGGACAUGGACGGACUCGGAUGGCUUGUGGGUAUUAAAAACACACGGGGCUCGUCAACGAGUCGGUAUUCUGCCACUGUAAUGGCAUUUGGCCGCGAGGCUCGCGCUGUGAGAAGCGAUGUGCAAAUCGAGCGCGCACCUAUAGGCGGCGUCUUUCAGAUCGACACCGUCCUUGCCCCUUACGAGCCAAGUUGGUUUUACAGAUGGGGCUGGAUCGUCCUGAUCUGCGCCAUUGUUGCCCUGAUCCUUUCUGUCGCUGCCUUCUUCGCCGUACGAUGGUGGAGAGGUGGUAACAGAAUCAAGCUUCCCGAAGCUCUUGAGGGCGAAGAAGAGUGA